CCACACACCUCCCUUAGUUACCACAGCUGCAACUUCGAUGCCUGAGGUGUUGAUAGGAGACGAAAUGUCCUAGAUUGAUGACAUCACGCUCUCAAUGAUCGAUUUGGGCCUACAAGGCUAUACGGGUAACCCCUCCGUGUCUAGGGCUCGUUCUAAGAAAAAGAAUUCCUGGAAGACGCCAAAACGUGUGAAGAAGCGGCCAUUGAGCUUUGUGGAUAUGUUGAAUGCACCUGAUUCGCUCGCGGAUCAAGAGAGGGCAGACGAAAUAUCCAUACCUAUUUUGUCAAUGGCGAACCCUCCUCCUUACACUGGAGAAGCAUCUCAGGAUCCGGUAAUAGCAUCAGUUUCUACAUCGAUGGUGAGCCAUCCUCAGUCCAUUGGAGAAACAUCUCAGGCACAUACUCCUUCGCGGUACGACCAUAACGUGGAUCAAUUUAAGUAUGUCUUCAAGAAAACUCCUAAGAGUGACAAGGAGAGGAGAGCGAAGACAUUAGCUCCUGGAUCAGUCGAUGAGAGCCGCGUACUGCGCCGAAGAGGCUUGAUUUUGAUGAUCCACCACAAGUUUAGGAUCAUAUAGUGUUAGUUUUGGUCAUAGAAUGACCAAUACAUGUAGAUAUAUUCUACAUUUUUAUUGUAUAUCAAUUUGGACUUGGCAUAUGCCACA